UUGCUCGGCCCCUCGGGGUCCGGAGUUAUCCGCGAGGCGGCCGUCGGCGGGCGGGCGAUGGCGGUGCGGGGGUCGCGGCGGCGCGCGCUGCGCCUGCUCUUGAUGGUGCAGCUGCUGGCAGGGCGCUGGCGGCCGACCGGGGCGGCGCGGGGCACGCGGGGAGGGUUGCCUGAACUAUCCUCUGCUGCCAAACAUGAAGACAGCUUGUUUAGGGAUUUAUUUGAAGACUACGAAAGGUGGGUUCGCCCUGUGGAACACCUGAGCGACAAGAUAAAAAUCAAGUUUGGCCUUGCGAUAUCUCAGUUAGUGGACGUGGAUGAGAAAAACCAGCUGAUGACGACGAACGUCUGGUUGAAGCAGGAAUGGAUAGAUGUGAAAUUGAGAUGGAAUCCUGACGAUUAUGGUGGGAUAAAGAUUAUACGUGUUCCUUCGGACUCCCUGUGGAUCCCAGACAUCGUUUUGUUCGAUAAUGCAGAUGGACGUUUUGAAGGGGCCAGCACGAAAACAGUUGUCAGGUACAACGGCACUGUCACGUGGACGCAACCAGCAAACUACAAAAGUUCUUGCACCAUCGACGUUACCUUUUUCCCGUUUGAUCUCCAAAAUUGUUCCAUGAAAUUCGGCUCGUGGACAUACGAUGGAUCCCAGGUUGAUAUAAUCCUAGAGGACCAAGAUGUCGACAGAACAGACUUUUUCGACAAUGGAGAGUGGGAAAUCAUGAGCGCGAUGGGGAGCAAGGGGAACCGGACGGACAGCUGCUGCUGGUACCCCUACAUCACGUACUCCUUUGUGAUUAAGCGGCUGCCUCUCUUCUAUACCUUGUUUCUUAUUAUCCCCUGCAUUGGGCUCUCAUUUCUGACUGUGGUUGUCUUCUAUCUCCCUUCAAACGAGGGUGAAAAGAUUAGCCUCUGCACCUCAGUGCUCGUCUCUCUGACUGUCUUCCUUUUGGUAAUCGAAGAGAUCAUACCGUCAUCUUCCAAAGUCAUACCCCUGAUUGGGGAGUACUUGGUGUUCACCAUGAUUUUCGUGACCCUAUCCAUUAUGGUGACUGUCUUUGCCAUCAACAUCCACCACCGCUCUUCCUCCACACACAACGCUAUGGCGCCCUGGGUUCGUAAGAUAUUUCUCCACAAGCUUCCCAAGCUGCUCUGCAUGAGAAGUCAUGCGGAUAGGUACUUCACUCAGAGAGAAGAAGCCGAGAGUGGGGCUGGACCUAAAUCUCGGAACACUUUGGAAGCCGCACUCGAUUGCAUUCGCUACAUCACGAGGCACGUCGUGAAAGAGAACGACGUCCGCGAGGUUGUUGAAGAUUGGAAAUUCAUAGCCCAAGUCCUUGAUCGGAUGUUUUUGUGGACGUUUCUUCUGGUGUCAAUCAUUGGGACUUUAGGGCUUUUUGUUCCUGUUAUUUAUAAAUGGGCCAAUAUAAUAGUCCCAGUUCACAUUGGAAACACAAUUAAGUGAAACCAAGAAAUUACCCUGUGGAUUUAGUGAGCAGUCAUGCAGCUCUUAGGACAUGUAUGCUGUUAUGGAAAUGUGAAGGUAGUUACAAUUUGACAUAGGCUAUAACAGAUUAGCAAUUUCUAACAUUGGCUUAAUGUUGUCCAUUAGAACUGCAGUAAUAACCUCAAAUAGCAACAACACAUUGUCUGCCUGCACUAGUGAAGGCCUAGCAUCUGCAUCCUGGCAAACCCUACCAAUUUGCAACCAAUGAUGAAGGCCAUCCUUGGAGUGCUGGAAAACUCAACUGUAUUUGAAGACUAUUUAAAACUCCCCCCAAAUUUAGUAGGAACAUAUAUAUGUGUGGUUUUGAAUUUUCAGAAUGGGUCUUUGGGUCUUGUUAAAUUGUCUGGGCUAGCACAAAACCUCCUGAGUAGCUGGGACCAUGGGUGUGCUCCACUUUGCCCUGUUCUGUAUUCACAGAUAUAAAAUACAUCAUUAUUUUAUAGGAGGUAGACCCAUUACUUGGUUUAAUAAUAACUUAAUGUCAGUUAGGUUUAAUUAUAACCUUAUGUCAGCUAAUGUUCUAUUGCUGUGAAGAGACAUCAUGACCAUCAACUCUUAUAAAGGAAAACAUUUCAUCAGUGCUGGCUUACAGUUUUUGAGGUUUAGCCAAUUAUCACAGUGAAAGCAUGAUAGCAUCCAGGUAGACAUAAUGCUGGAUCCAGGAGUUCUCUACAUCUGGAUCAGCAGGCAGCAGGAAGAGAGAGAGAGCCACUGGACCUGGCUUGAGCAUCUGAAACCUCAAAGCCCACCUCCAGUGACACACUUCCCCCAACAAGGCCCCACCUCCUAAUAGUGCCACUUGCUGGUGAUCAAGCAUUCAGUCUAUGGGUCUACGAGAGCCAUUCCUAUUCAAACCACACUUAAUAGGAUGCUAUUCUUUACUGACAUUUUUAAUAAGCGACAAAUGGUAACUAGAAACAUCGUAGGCCCACUUUACUCUUUAUAUGGUAAUAUGGAUUGGCUUUUGUAUUAACUAGUUUUACAGCCUAUCUGAAAACAUGUAACAGGCAACUCCUGCAGACACAUUCUUUGUAAUGACUUUAUAAUCCUGCAGUGGCAUGUUCCGGUAAUGACUUCAGUCUCCUCGUCCACACUCUCCGGUUAGUAGAGCCAUUUAUGUACAUCGCAUAUCCCUGAUUUCAGAGCAACGGUGCAGUUGCACAGGUUCCCACCUCAAAAUGGGAUGCCAUGACUCUGUCUGGAUAAUUCUGUGGAAAAACCAUUCUGAGCUGGAUACGGUGCCUCAUACCUGUCAUGUCUACUUUCAGGAGGCAGAGGCAGGGGAAUUGCUGUGAGUUGUUGGUCAGCCUGGGUUACAGUAUGAGACCCUGUCUCAGAAAACCAAACAAGGGGCUGGGGAUUUAGCUCAGUGGUAGAGCGCUUACCUAGGAAGCGCAAGGCCCUGGGUUCGGUCCCCAGCUCCGAAAAAAAGAAUCAAAAAAAAAAAAAAAGAAAACCAAACAAAAACUUCCCCUGUGAGUUGAUAUAAGCACACUGUCAUAUC